AUAUUCUUAAACACAAGUAUUUGCGCAUGUUUGGAUCUUAGCGAUGAUAUUCUACAACAUGUUAUGGAUGUUCUGCUCAAUAAUAUGGAAAAAGGAUUGGAUUCAAAAACAGCAAAAAUAGCUGCAGUUAAAAUGUUGCCGUCGUAUGUACGUUCCACACCAAAUGGGAAGGAAAAAGGUAAUUUUCUGGCUUUGGAUCUUGGUGGUACGAAUUUCCGUGUUUUGCUUAUUACUAUCGAUGGUCGAGAAUCAACUAUGGUUGGAAAAAUUUAUCGUGUGCCUGAUCAUAUAAUGAAAGGCACUGGAACAGCGUUAUUCGAUCGAAUUGCUGAAUGUCUUGCUGAAUUUAUGGAAGAAAAUAAUUUAAAAGGAGCCAAGAAAUUGCCUCUAGGCUUCACAUUUUCGUUUCCUUGUAGUCAAGAGGGCUUAACAUGCGCCAAAUUAAUCACAUGGACGAAAGGUUUUAAUGCAAGUGGAGUUGAAAAUGAGGAUGUUGUCAAGCUAUUACGUGAAGCUUGUCAACGUCGUAAGGAUAUCGAUAUAGAUGUCGUUGCGGUAUUGAACGAUACGGUUGGAACAUUGAUGGCUUGUGCGUUUAAAGAAAAUACUUGCCAAAUUGGGGUGAUAGUUGGUACUGGUUCUAACGCUUGCUAUAUGGAAAAGCUCUCAAGAUGUGAAAAAUUAAAGGAUUUAUUGUCCAGAAAUGAUGGACUGCCUGAUGAGAUGAUCAUCAACAUGGAAUGGGGUGCUUUUGGUGACGAUGGUGCGUUAGAUUUUGUUCGUACUCGAUUUGAUAUUGAAGUUGAUAACAGUACGAUUAACGCUGGCAAACAACUGUUUGAAAAAAUGAUAUCAGGAAUGUACAUGGGUGAAAUUGUUCGUGUUGUGCUUGUCCACUUGGCUAAAGAAAAUCUUAUAUUCAGUGGAAAUUAUCAAGCGAUUUCAGAACAACAUUCAUUCCCAACGAAAUAUGUAUCCGAAAUCGAGAACGAUAUGUGUCAAGAUGAUGAUAAAGCUUAUCAAAAAACGUUACAAAUUCUGGAAGAUAUCGGAAUUGAGCGACCAACGAUACAUGAUUGCGUUAAUGUUGGCUAUGUUUGCACUCUAGUUAGCAGACGCGCGGCUUAUUUAUGUGCAGCCGGUUUGGCAACGAUAUUAAAGCGUAUUAAAAAACCAUUUGUAACGAUUGGUGUGGAUGGGUCUGUCUAUCGUUUCCAUCCAACGUUUCCGCAUCUGCUUGAACAAAAGAUUUAUGAUUUAGUCGACAUAGAUCUCGAAUUCAAAUUAAUGCUAUCUGAAGAUGGAAGUGGUCGCGGUGCAGCAUUAGUUGCCGCAGUUGCCUCGAGAGUGAAUGAAGAAGCCAGAGCUAAUUCGCAUGAUGGUCGUACUUCGUAA